AUGAAGGCUACAACAUCCCUCAUCAACGCCACUUUGCGCACUGCCGCCUUCGCUUCCACUGGCCGCACCACUCUCCGUUGGUUCACGAGAACUUGUCGCACCUUGGACGACUCUUCUUCCUCGAAUUCCUCCUCAACAUCGCCGUUGGAUGAAUUGAGUAGCUCAAUCGAACGCCUCGCCGCACUUCGCUCUUCUACGUCUUCCUCGGCCUCGGCCUCGGCCUCUGCCUCCGCCUCUACCACCGCAUUUUCCAUCCACAACCCUCGCUCUUCCACGCCUCCUCCCUCAACCCGUCAAACCGUCUCCGGCCGAGCGUUCAUGAACGGCCACUACUACAACCCCUCCACGCUCAGCCUUAACUCUAUCACACAACGAGCACCUCGCUUAGCCCGACCCCUGCUCGGCCCUACUAAAAAAGAAGCCAUGUCUCAAGAUCUCAUCUAUCAAAAUGGACUCAACCCAGCCAAAGCAAGUUUGAACGACGACACAUAUAAAAAUGCAGCGAUCCUGGUUAACUACGUGUCAGAAAUGGGCAAAAUCUUACCCAGAUCGAGCACUGGUUUGACAAGGAAGAGUCAAAGACAGGUGGGUAAGGCGGUUAGAAGAGCAAGGAGUAUCGGUCUUUUGCCUGUUAUGAGUAGGGGCGGUGCUAGGGGUGCGGGCGCUGGGUGGAAGUAA